AUCUCUUUCAUGCCUUAGAUGUGGCGAGCUGCAGUCACGCCUCCCACUGCCAGUGAGGCACCAGGAUCCUAAUCAGUCACAAUGAAAACUCAUUAGCUCCACAGCCAUGAGUCCUCCACUGCUGAAGCUUGGCGCUGUGAUAAGUACCAUGGCAAUGAUCUCAAACUGGAUGUCUCAAAUUCUUCCAUCCUUGGUAGGACUGAACUCCACGAGACUGUCAACGCCAGAUACACUAACACAGGUUAGUCCGAAAGAAGGAUGGCAAGUGUAUAGCUCGGCGCAGGACCCUGAUGGGAGAUGCAUUUGUACAGUGGUUGCCCCAGAACAAAAUCUGUGUUCCAGGGAUGCCAAAAGCAGGCAGCUUCGCCAACUACUGGAAAAGGUUCAGAACAUGUCUCAAUCUAUUGAAGUGUUAAACUUGAGAACUCAGAGAGAUUUUCAAUAUGUUCUAAAAAUGGAAACCCAAAUGAAAGGACUAAAGGCCAAAUUUCGACAGAUUGAAGAUGACCGGAAGACACUAAUGACCAAGCAUUUUCAAGAGUUAAAAGAGAAAAUGGAUGAGCUCCUACCUUUGAUCCCUGUGCUAGAACAGUACAAAACCGAUGCCAAACUAAUCACUCAGUUCAAGGAAGAAAUCCGCAAUCUGUCUGCUGUGCUCACUGGGAUUCAGGAGGAAAUCGGUGCCUAUGACUAUGAGGAACUCCAUCAAAGAGUGCUCAGUUUGGAAACCAGACUCCGUGACUGCAUGAAAAAGCUCACAUGUGGUAAAUUGAUGAAAAUCACAGGCCCAAUUACAGUCAAGACAUCUGGAACAAGAUUUGGUGCUUGGAUGACAGACCCUUUAGCAUCUGAAAAAAAUAACAGGGUCUGGUACAUGGACAGCUACACAAACAAUAAGAUUGUGCGUGAGUACAAAUCAAUUGGAGACUUUGUCAGUGGGGCAGAAUCAAGGACAUACAACCUCCCUUUCAAGUGGGCAGGAACUAACCAUGUCGUCUACAAUGGCUCACUCUAUUUUAACAAGUAUCAGAGUAAUAUUAUCAUCAAAUACAGCUUUGAUCUUGGGAGAGUGCUUGCACAACGAAGUCUGGAGUAUGCUGGCUUUCACAACGUCUACCCUUACACCUGGGGUGGAUUCUCUGAUAUCGAUCUAAUGGCUGAUGAAAUUGGGCUAUGGGUUGUGUAUGCAACUAACCAGAAUGCGGGCAAUAUUGUUAUCAGCCAACUUAACCAAGACACUUUGGAGGUGACGAAGAGCUGGAGCACUGGAUACCCCAAGAGAAGUGCAGGGGAAUCUUUCAUGAUUUGCGGGACACUGUAUGUCACCAACUCUCACCUAACUGGAGCCAAGGUGUAUUACUCCUAUUCCACCAAAACGUCCACAUAUGAGUACACAGAUAUUCCCUUCCAUAACCAAUACUUCCACAUAUCCAUGCUUGACUACAAUGCAAGAGAUAGAGCUCUUUAUGCCUGGAACAACGGCCACCAGGUCCUAUUCAAUGUCACCCUUUUCCAUAUCAUUAAGACUGAGGAUGAUACAUAGACAAAUGUGACUUCUUUUCACUGAUACAAACAGUGUCAUUUGUAAUAAAUUCUCUAGGACCCCUUCUAUUUCUUCCUCUACUAGACGUUCCAUCAUUUCUCCUAGGCAAAACAUUUUAUUGUAAAGUUGGUGUUAAAUAGCAACAGCAGCAAAAGCUGAGCCUAAGUUAACAUACUGGAAAUAUAUCUUAACUCCAAAAUUCACAAGGCCUAUUCUGUCCUUGACAUGAAAAGUACUGAAAAGAGUUUAGAAUGCUAAAGUCAUAGUUUUGCAAGAUUGAUGAUGCCUUAUUGUAGAGUCAGAGACUAAUGGUGGCUUAAAUGCAUGGAUGUCUUUAUUUUUUUGUUAAUGAAAAAAAAUGUCAUUUUUUAUGUCUUUCUGCUCCACAUCAGGAAAUAUUAUGGUAAGAAAUAGGCUUAAAUAUUUUCCCCUACAUAUAUUUCAAAAAAAUAUUUAAGUACAUCAUUUAUAUGGAAAAUAUUAACCAAUAUGCUGUUAACACAAUUCUUUGAUGCGGUGCUGUAUGGUCAUUUUUAAAUCUCUUGCUAACAUUUUAUUGGCAAUAUGUAUUUCUACCAUUGUAACCACCAUUGUGCAAUUGUAUCUCUUCACUUCUAUGAAAGUAAGUAAUAUUUUUUAUAAAAUACACUGAAAUUU